GCAGAAAAUACAGUAAUACCGAACUCUGAGUAGCAGCGAUCCAACCCACAGAGCGACAGCGCGAGACUUGUCUCUCAAUUGAACAAACGAACCCAAGGCAAAGAGUACAUUCUCUCCAAACAGGUUUCGCAGCCCGUGAGCGGAGAGAAUAAUGACCAAAAUUUUCAACAUUUUCGCUCAGUCUGAAUCUUUACUGCACGCGAUCCGGAGCUCGUUUGCUUGCCCGACCGAGCGUACAAAUUAUUUGAUGUGUUUGUGUGCCUAAAAACCUGCAGCAGAUUUCAAAUUUCAUUUCGUCAAAGAGGCGUAUACACAACAAUACAUAUAUAUGUAUAUAUAUUAAGCGGAUAUUCAGAGGCGAGAGCAACCCCGAAAAAUUCAAAGCACGAGACAGCGAGAGAGACAGAGGGACAGAGAGAGAGAGAGGGAGCAAUUGAGAACCAGUGGCCCGGAUAGGGAGCGGAAGCAAGCGACAAUGGAUGAGCAAAAACCCAAGAGAGAGACAUGUGAAAUGUACUCUGACGAUGAUGGCCAGCAGCGCAUACGAAACGUUCUGACACUGGAGGAACGCGUGGAGGCCAUUCGACAAUAUGAUAUUGUGCCCAUGUAUAGUAAAAUCGCUAAAAACUUCAAUUGUAGUUGGGAGCAAAUCAAAAGCAUCGUUUCCAAUCGUGAACCGAUCAUGGAGCUCUAUGAGGCAACACGCCGGCACUUGAAACGUCCCGAUGCCAAAUUUGAAGAGUUACGACGACGAAAACUCAAUUUUCUGGGUCACUGUCUAUACGAGUAUAUCCAGAGGGCCCAAUAUUACCUACAUACCGAUAUCAAUGAAGAACUGAUCCGAACGAAAGCCCUGGAGUUUCGUGAUCUAAUGGGUAUUGAUAAUUUCAUACCGAAUAAGCCAUGGAUUAAUCAUUUUAAGGCCGCAUAUAAUAUAACAUUAUCGAAUCGUCAGAUAACCAUAACCCGCAAACCACCGCGAUCGCUCGAAUUGCGUGACAUUAUGUCCUAUUGCGGCAAACACACUUUGAUGGCAAAAAAUCUGGCACACAAGCAAAGCGAAGGGGGAACGACAGAAGUUAAUUCGGAUACUCUACAUUCUCAUGCCUCGCCACGUCCCUUGUAUCGCACUAAGACUCUGGUGGCGACAUGUAAUCAAAAUCAAGCCACUUUAGAAGAGGUGCAUCAGCGCCGCAAACGGAAAAUUAGUUUUCUGGAAAAGGCUCUAUACGAAUACAUCCAGAGAUCACAAUUCCAUAAUCGGGGCCGUCUCGAUUUGGAUAAUUUGCGUACUGUGGCAAUCAGUUUACGGGACAUUCUGAAAAUCGAGAACUUCUUUCCCGACAAGAUGUGGUUCAAUCACUUCAAGAGUCAUUAUAAGUUCAGCUUUUCGCAGGGCGUGCCUUUGACCACACGUCGUGUGCCCCUCUCCCUGGACCUACGGGACAUUGUUAGCUAUUGCGGACGCAAUGAGCAACGUGUCACUUUGGCUCAGAAAGCAGCAGGAGAUGCAUCCACACCAACUGCAACGCCCACGCCAAUAGCAGCCGCUGCAUUUGUUCAUAUUCCGCUAGUAGAACCAAAGCCCGAACCAGAAAAUGAUGUUGAAGAAGAGGCCGAGGCCGAGGAUGAAGAUGACGAUGAUGAUGAUUGCAUAGCAAUUGUAGAGGCACCCGAACUCAUUGAAAUCAACGAUGACGACGAUGAUCAGGAAACGAAAUCCUCGCCAACAAAACGCAAAGCCGACGUCCCAUCGUCUUGUGUUGCAACUCCAAAGAUACAAAAAAUUGAGAGUCAAAGUAAUGGAACCCCCCAUACAGACAUAGAAGGAAUUGGAAGUUAUUCAGAAAACAGCAGAGAAUCUGAACUACCACGCUCCGUGCAAAGCUAUGAAGAUGCAUUACGUCUGCUGAAGCCACUGGAAGAGUUUGCCCUCAUUGAGGAGAAUUAUCGUGCCAUCGGACUGCUCACCCAGUUGGAAAAGAUAUUCGAAAGUGCCGCCAACAAGAGCAUCAAUACAAAUUAGUCGCCAAUCAAAUCAAAUUGAAAUCAUCGAUCUCGGCUAAAGGUGAUGGGGCAGCUUUUCGCUUUUAACUAACCAAAUAUUUUCAAAAUCAAUCGUAUACUCGUACAUAUCCUAGCCAACUUUAAGUUAUCCCAAUUAAUGUACAUACACAAUAGGUUAUCUCACAAUCCCUUAAAGACCAUUCUGUAUCGAUUUCAAAUAUCGUUUUUACCUGGUUGAAAUGUAAAAUAUUGAGUCAUUAGUGAAUUAAGAAAAUAGCUAUAAAUUUGAGAAUCAAAAACAA